GCGUACAGAAAUAACUCGGACGAUCUGAUCACCCCAACUUCGACCAAACUGCGCCCGCGUUAUUGUUGUGCGACCGGCGAUUAUCGUAUUUUCAAAAAGAAUGAUCAUGAUGAGGUAACAAAUUGUUUGACCACAUUCACCACUAAUAUCACAUAAUCACCAUUUUCUCAGUCAUGUCAUAUCAAUCACCAUCCAAAUCAGAUGUGACUCAUUUUUCAGUGACGGAUGACAACAAUCUCAUCAUUGGAUUUAAGCAAAUUAAAACUUUUGAAUGGACUACAAAACUUGAAAAGUGUUUGCUAUUAAACAUGGCACGUCUGAAGCCUUGUGGAAUUAACAAACACUUAAGUAUAAUUCUACUAAAAGAAAAAAUAAGUAAAGAACUAAAACUUAAUAUACCAGUUAAGGUUCUAUGGAAUUAUUUGUCAGCUAAAUGGGAUAUCAGAGCUGCUGAUAUUAUAGAACAUAUAAGUUUUAAUACUAGUGAGAAAGACUUUGUUUUACCAGAAGAAUUUGACCAGUUGAUUUCUGAAGAAGGGGAAAAAAUUAAAAAACUAGAUAAAGAAUGUUUAAGUGAUGAAAUUAAUAAGAAAAAAUUAUUAAAUUGGAGUGGUAAAACAAGAUCCAAGUCUAAUUCUAUGUCCUCUGUAGAUUCGAAGGAAGGUCUCAAUGAGACAAUUCCUUCAACAUUAUUAGAAAGCUCUCCAGCUAAAACAAAUGAAGUUGGAUUUGACGAUGGUCCGUGUACUAGAAGAUCAUUGCGUACAAAUGACAAACUAGAAAAUAGUAAAUCUGAUGAAAAAAACAAGUUAAAAGAUUUGAAACAGAUAAAUAAAAAAACAUCAAAUCAAUCUAAAGAUGUGGACAAGAUUGAAAAAAUCUCAAAAUUUAGAGGUCGGAAAAGAAAAAGUAGAAAUGUGUCAGAAUCUAGUUUUAGUUCUGAUAAUAGCAAACAGCGUAGGAAUUAUAAAAAUAAUUUAACAGAUUUAACUAUUUCGGAUAGCUCGUCUAGGUCAGUAACUCCAGAGAUUCUGAGAAGUAAAACAUCAAACCGUUCAGUUACACCUGAAAGUAUUAGUAGAAAAUCAAACUUACGCUCUAGUGAUAAAGACCAGAAAUCUAAACUUGCAUUAGAAAAAGCAUGUCUAAAGUUUGGCCAUCACGUUGAUCUGGUUUUACCAGAAAUUAAAAUUGAACGUCUAAAACCUGAAAAACAAUUUGCAUCUUUAAUGGAUGCUAAGUCUAAAAAUUUAACACAUAAUAAAAAUGAAGCAAAUAACAAAGUAAAAACUAAAAUACGUAAUAGAGUAACAUCUGAUCUAUUAGUAGUUCAACAAUCUCCAGAAAUACAAUCAUUAGGCAGGCGCUCUUGUAGCAAUAAAAAUUCAUAAAAUUUAAAAAUAACAAAUUACCUUUUCAUUAAAUCAUGCAUACAUUUAAUUAUAAAUGAUCAAUGUAACUAAUAACAUUUAUUUAAUAUCACUAAUAUAAUAUUGUAGGUAUGUUAAAUAUUAUAAAUGUUAGGUAUCUUUAAUACUUUAAAUGUUAAUUUCUGAAAACAAACACAUUUAAAUAAAAUUUUAAGUAUUUUUUUCAUAUCAGUGGACUAGAAUGUUACCUAUUUAGUAUAGGUAAUAUGUAACAUAAUACUACAUGUAAU